AUGACUUCCGCUCUACUCUUGUUUGCUGUUCUGUCGACUGCAGUCGCUGCACAGAUUGGAAGGCGCCAUCCAUAUGGAAUCUAUCCUGGACCCAGCAUUACAGCUUCCUCGAGCUCAGUAAGUCACGUUAAAGCCUCAGAAGGAGUGCCGACUUCUGAUCCUGUACAGAGCAGCAUGAUAGCCUCAUCUAGCGAGUACUCGACUUCUGCAAGGAUGGCCAACAGCACAUCGUCCAGCGUGUCGUUGCCUACUGAUACUUCGACUCCUGCUUUCGACACGACUACUUCGUCAUCCUUAUUGACAUCUACUAUGUCAGGACCUCCACUCAGCUUCACCACCAACAGCAAUGGGACGUUUGUUGCGGCUACUUCAACUACAUCGACUGAAGGCAGUAGCUCCGAGACUGCGGCAACAACUACGAGCGCCGCAGUCCCAAGAGAAACAACAUGCGUGGCCGUCGCAAUCAACAAUAUCGGAGCUAACGGUGUAUGCGGCUGCGACUACGACGUAUACACCUGCCUCGAGCGAAUGUCCAACCUCAGCGAGUGGAGCAUCUCUCAGACAACCAGCUCGUUCAAUGACUGCAUGCAAGCUUGUGAUUCACAGCCGACUUGCUACAGCUUCAUCCUCCAGAUCAGUAACGGAUUGUGCAGGAUGUUUGGCGGGAUGCUGAAUGGCGGGGAUGGCACAGUGUCUGCAGCAGACUUUAUCUCGGGAGAAGUUGUCAAGGGCACUUGCACUGGACACUGCGAUGGCUCUUGA